AAUUUCACACAUGAUGCUAUUUGCAAGCGCGGCAUGCACGUGAGUUGUAAAUCGUGGAUUGGGUGUGCUGAUGAAGUGAUUCUCUCUGAUCUAUUCUACAAUUUUGACUAAUUUUCAGUUUAUUUAAGCAGUCACUGAUUCGUAGAAAGUCUUCUUUACACUUCGAAGGUUGUUGCAGAAAACUCUCUGUCAAGAUGAGUAACAAAGAUGUGAAGUGCUACAGGUGUUCGAACCUUGGCCACUUUGCCAAAGAAUGCCCCAACCCUGAUACUGGCAAAUCCGGGAACUCUGGUGGUGGUGACUGUUACAAGUGUGGAGAAGCUGGCCACUUUGCCCGUGAUUGCCAAAAGUCGUCUAAUUACAAUUCUGGCGGCAACAAUGCUGAUGUGAAGUGCUACCGGUGUGGAGGCUUUGGCCACUAUGCCAGAGACUGCUCGGAACCUGAUACAGGCAAUUCCAGAGGUGGUGGUGGUAGUGAUGGGAAGUGCUACCGGUGUGGAAACUCUGGCCACUACGCCAGAGAAUGCUCGGAACCUGAUACUGGCAACAGCGGAGGUGGUGGUCGUGGUGGCGGCGGUGGUGGUUGGGGUAGUCGCGCUUGCUACUCUUGUGGAGAAACAGGACACAUUUCAAGAGAUUGCCCCACUGGAAGAUCAUCAGGAGGUGGCGGUCGUGGUGGUGGCGGUGGCGGUGGCGGUGUCCGCACUUGCUACAACUGUGGAGAAGCUGGACACAUGUCAAGAGAAUGCCCAAGUGGCGGAUCAUCAGAUGUGACAGACCUGGUUGUACUGUUGGUGUCUCUGAAACAGAUGGCUGAAGACAUCAGACUGCGGGAUACUGCAUUUUUGAAGAACAUCAGAACGAAGAUGUCGUAUCAAGUUAGUGGGAAGAAAGAUUUAUCGUGCUACAACUGCAAAAAGAAGGGGCAUUUUGCUCGGGAUUGCCCAACCAAAGAUGAGGACUCCCAGUCUGGCGGUGGGGGUAGUGGCGGCGGCGGCGGUGGUGGUGGCAGUGGUGGAGGGUACCAGAAGAGCUACAGGAGCUACAACAACCCUCGCAAUAGUCGUUGCUACAGAUGUAACCGUAUUGGACACGUUGUAGCCGAAUGCACCAGCCCUGCUAACAAGUGCUACAACUGUGAUGAAGAAGGGCACAAUGCAAGCGACUGCCCUCACCCAGCUAAACCUCGCAUUGUUGAGUGCUACACUUGUCGCAAGAAGGGCCACAUCAGCCGCGAGUGCCCCGAUAACAAGGAAGAGAAGUUGUGCUACAACUGCGACCAGCCCGGUCAUUUGAAGCGCAACUGCCCGGAUUUGCCCUCUGCGGCCGACGGAGAGGAUGACCGCAAGUGUUACAAUUGCCAGCAGCCUGGUCACCUGUCCGGCCAGUGCCCGGAGAGAACCUGUCAUGUUUGCGAUCAAACCGGUCAUCUUGCUCGUGACUGCCCCCAGGAGGGUGGAGGAGAGAGGCGACCUCGUCGUAGCGCCAACAACGCCGACAAGACCUGUUACAAGUGUAGCCUUGAAGGCCACAUUGCCCGUGACUGCCCGGAGUGAGCAGGCUCAGGUUAGCUUCCUGCGCGCCUCACAGGCAUUUUAUCCAGUUUCAGUCAUCUCAAGGGUUGGCGAAAUGCCUGGUUGAUAACCAGCCAGCAUCAGCAACCUGUGAUGAACUGGUGCGAACCAGUUCCAACUGGUCUGAGGCUGUUUGGUCCGGCCUCGGGCUGUUGAGAGGGCUGGGUGUAGUGUGAGUGUGUGUGAGUAGGAGGUGCCUGUGUUUCUCAUGAGUUUCAUCAAAAAAAAUUAAGUAUUACCUGUAGAUUAAGUGUUUAUAAAAAUAAACAAAAUCGUAACAUAAAUUGACUUCAGAUCUGUCAUCACACAAAAUCCACUGACAUUCAUUUAAACUUCCAUAUAAAAAGAAAAGAAAAUAGCACCAUAAAAUUAUGCAAGCGGUAUAAAAGCAAUAUGACACAUUGUUCACUUCCAACCAAAAAGACAACUAAAAUAUAGGUGAUAAAAAAAAAUGAAAGCUUUUAAGAACACCUGAUGUCGAGAACAGGCACGGUGAGUUGGUAGGGGUUCCUUUCAUGGGAAAGAUGAAAGGGGGGAGCGUUUGUUAGGAAGAAUUUGACCAACAGUUGAAGUAUAUCAACGGUUUGAAAAAGAACCGGAAUAUUUGGAGAAAAUUUAAGAGAAUUUUGGCGUACCAUCGUUGGAACAACAACCUUUUGGGGGAUGGAUGGGUUGUUUUGUCUUGAGACAGAGACGAGGUUAGGGGGUUCAGUGGUGUGGGUGGAUUCUGUAGUUUCUGUAGUUCUUCAUUUGUUUGUUGCGUCUUCUUUAUUAUUUUGAAAAUUGUCUUUGUAGAAAUGAACUUUUCUAUUAUAGCAUGAGAAAAUUGUCCUUGAUUGUUUAGAAGUAGGCUCAACAGAAAAUGUACUACAGAAUAGGUUUUAGAAAAAUUCUGUCGUGAGUGCACUGCAGAGGAGGGUGAAAAAAGUACUUUUAGAUCGAACAGUCGUCAUUGGUUUUUUACAAUGAUAGAAUUAUUUAGGAUCAUUGGAUCGUUAUCUUUUGUGUGUUUUUAUGUUUUUAACAACUACUGUUUGAAUGUUGCUCAAUAUUCAUGCUUGGGGUUGUGAAUUGUUCUGAGUUCUGACCCAAC